AGAGAAAGCUAAAUGCCUCACAAGUCUACAAAUUCCCAGGAUUCCAUAGCAUUGAGCCAUGGCAGUUAAAGAGGUCUCAAACUGGAUUAUUUCUGCAGUGUGUUCUGGGACCCUUGAUUUUGAUUCUGAGGAAAACAAUGGCCGACAAAUUAGCUGCGUUCACUCUGCAAAAUUAAUACCCAUUAAUAAGGUUUUGGUACCGCUUUAACUGCCACGGCUCCAUGCUAUGUCAUUGUGGGAUUUGUAGUUUUGUGAGUCUUCCCUAUCAGAGAGUGCUCUGGUGGCACAACAAACUACAAAUCCCAUUAUUCUAUAGGAUGGAGCCAUGACAAAGCAGUGUCUAAACUGCAGACUGAGAGGGUAUCCACACUGCUGAAUUAAAUUGGUUUGAGACCACUGUAACUGCCACAGCUCGUUACUGUGGAAUCUGGGAUUUAUAGUUUUGUGAGGCAUUUGGCCUUCCCUGUCAGAGAGAACUCUUGUACCAGACCAAAACUACAAAUCCCAGGAUUCCAUAGGAUGGAGCCAUGAUUGUGUGGCAGUAGCCUGAGAGUGUCCACGUUGCAGAAUUAAUACACUUUGGCACCGCUUUAACUGCCACGGCUCAUUACUGUGGAAUCCUGGGAUUUGUAGUUUUGUGAGGCAUUUGGCCUUCCCUGUCAGAGAGCCCUGGUAGCACAACAAACGGCAAAUCCCAGGAUUUCAUGGCACUCCACACAUUAAUUCAGUGGUGCGGCAGCACCCUUUAAAGAGGCCGCUUCACGGCCCUGAAUUUAUUAAUACGUUUUGACAUUUUUAUAUAGAAACAUCCCCUUUCUGAAGAGACUGAGGCCUAAUUCCUACGCUCAGCCCUUGCUAGAGUAGUGCCGUCGAAUUGAGUGGGUUCGCCUCCAUUUUGGGUCACCCAUGACACAACUUGAGUCAAUGCUUCUACUCGAGUUCCAGCCCAAAUUUUUUGGAGGAAACAUAAUUCUUGUUUUCCUGUUUUUAAAUCAUAUUUAUUUCAUAAGUGUUUGGGAUUUCAGAUUUCUGGAAAGCUGAGGCGGACAUUUUAGGCCAUUUUAACAAUAUUUUCUUUCUUUUUUUAAAAUAGUGCUGCUUUCCUCUGGCCUAACUAGAAAGCAUUAGUUCCCACUAGGGUUAAAAUUGGGGUUUUGGGGGGGGGGUGCCCUACAGGGGCUCAAGAGCCAUUUUGGGGGGACCAAAGGCACUUUUUGGGGUCCCCCCUAUUGACCCCAGGCCAGACUCGGGUCAAUUGCAAUGGAGAGGGACAUGAAUGUCGACCAGGCUCAAGCGUCCAAGGGCAUCAAGAAAAAGGCCUCGACAGAAGCCAUGGCCCCGAAGCAGGGAGCCACAUCCCACCGUGGCACCCCAGAAAUGGUCUCACUUCCAGCCCCCCCCUUGUACCGAACGAGGCACUCAGAGGACCAUAGUUCUGCAGAGCAGAGGCCCUCGACACCAGCAGGGCCCACAGAGCCAUCCCGCCGUGGCCCCCCAGAAGUGAAGACCCCACUGCCAGGGCCCCCCUCACCCCGAUUGAGGCCGUCGGAGGAACGUAGCCCUGCAGAGCAGAGGCUCGUGAUGCCACCGGGGUCCUUGGAGCCUGCCCGCCGUGGCCCCCCAGAAGUGAAGGCCCCAGUGCCAGGGCCCCCCUCGCCCCGAUCCAAGCCCUUGGAGGACCAUGGCCCUGCAGAACAGAGGCCCCUGAUGCCUGCGGGGCCUUCAGAGCCAUCCCUCCGUGGCCCCCCAGAAGUGAAGGCCCCAGUGCCAGGGGCCCCCUCGCCCCAAUCCAAGCCCUUGGAGGACCAUGGCCCUGCAGAACAGAGGCCCCUGAUGCCUGCGGGGCCUUCAGAGCCAUCCCGCCGUGGCCCCCCAGAAGGGAAGUCCCCAGUGCCAGGGCCCCCCUCGCCCCGAUCCAAGCCCUUGGAGGACCAUGGCCCUGCAGAACAGAGGCCCCUGACACCGGCGGGGCCCUCAGAGCCGGCGCGGGCCUCUGUGAAUCGUGGACCUGCAGCCGUGAGGCCCCUCCUGGACCAGGGGCCCAUACAGAGCUCAAGGGUCUCAGAGUCAAGUCCCGUCAAGCGAGGGGAUGUGCCUCAUGGGCGCCUACGACACCCUGGUCCCCAGAGAAGUUCCCCAGAGAGCUCCAUCAACUGGUGUUGUUCCACUGUUGGUCUCCUGUCCGUUUGCACAAUCCUGCUGGCUAUGGUGGUCACCAUGAAUGGUCAAGUUAGCAACCUGAUGGAGAGAACCGAGGAACACGAAGCCGUGGUCAAGUUGCACGUCAUCAUUCUGACGGACAUUUUGAUGGCACUACAGAUCGGCAAAGGUGGGGUAAUGUACACCGGACUGGAUCAGAAGGGCUGUGCCUACCUCCAAGAUGGACACCUUGGUUCCCAGCAGUGCACUGAAUUGGCUUAUGUAAUUUGCGAGGCAAAGACCCUCUUUGACUGA